CACACACACACACACAAACACACACCACACACAUUGAAAAGAGCUUGAACUUUAUGAAACUGCCUCUGUGAAGGAAAGGUCAUGGGACGUACUCAACGGUCUCAGGUGGUCAGGGAGAAUGCAUUGUAAAUCACCUAUAGCGCUACAGCCAGAGUUUGCAGAAAGAAGACGUGCAUUUACACAAAUAAAAUAAGUGUUGACCUUUUGGGGCUAGUCAGUGGUUCCAUUGAACUUACAGGAGGUCGCUGAAAGGAUAAUACGGUCACAGGUUGUCAGGGAGAAAGCAUUGGAAAUCACCUUUAGUGGGAGCUAGAGUUGGCGGAAGAUGGGGCAUUUUUACAUGUACGUCAUCAAUUAACCUAAUGACAUAGUCUGUCGUUCCAUUGAAGUCUGACGGGGGAAGCUGAUGUAUAGAUGUAAACCACUGGUCUUUAGGUCAUGUUUGGGACUUUGCAUAAAUGAUUCAAACAGAGGGGACCCUUAUUCUCGCCAAGGAUAUGACUGAUCUGCAUACCCUGUAAUGGGCACAGGGUAAUCUAGGUUAACCUAGAACUAAAAUCUUGUGUAAUUUGAUCAGAUCCUCAAUUAUAUUAAGUAGUCUGUCCACGAGAGAUUAGGGACAGGGUAGCCAGCCUACAGACUUCUUACCAUCAACAAAUCCUUGGCUUUGUGUGCCAUCACUACUGAGAGAUUUCCCUAUACAUUUCUGGUGAUUUUUUUAUGUGGCCAUAUUUCAUUCAUGUCCUGUAUAGUAAAUGCCACAAUAAUACAAGAAUCAUUACAUGUUACCAGUAUAUUUUACCCAGCCUUGCUUUCUGGUAAGUAUGUCUUGGACAAGUAAGGCUUGUUCCCGAGUCAAAAUGGCCCAUAUAGCAGGCGCCAUCUAAACAGGAUGCUUGCUUUCUGGUGCUUACCUACAAAUCCCCCUGUGACCAUCCGAAUGUGGCCGUUCACCAUUGAAUGUGCCCAGAUCAGCAGUAAAGCAUCUGUGGCCAUGGGGAAGAGCCAGAGUAGUAAAGCCUACCUCUCCAUUGUCUCUCUCACCCUGAACAAAACCAGUCAGGGCCUCUCACCCCAUGUGGAUGAGACCAGACUGGGCUGAAGAGAGAGCAGAGAGGGGCAGUGCCUGGCUGGCUGUAAGUUAGAUGAUGAUGACUGAAGAGGAGACUACUUCCUGUGAUGUCAACAUGACAGCUGUCCAAGAAGACUCAUAUGAGAGGAUCAUGUCCAGACAAGACCAAGAGGAAAAGCUCACUAUUACAAACUGGUACAGUAUGUGUGUGGCUCUCCAGAAACAGGAGCAGGAGCUGAGGCUGUCUGAGGGCUCCUCCAGACCUCCAGGCCAAGCCCAGUCCUUCCUGGCCCAGCAGAGGCAGUCCACCCAGGCCAGGAGCAGGAGAGGCAUGGGGCUCUCUCCCAGGCUACAGCCCAGAUAGGAGGGAGAGUGAUGGCUGGAGAGGUCCCUCUGUGGAGGAUGGUGGGGAUUGACACUGGGUGGACAAGGAACAUUGGAAGAGGAUGUUGAUGGGAGUUUUGUGAAUGUAAAAAAAUACAUAUUGGAUGUUACAAAAAAAAAUUGUUAAUGUGUGCCACCUGCUGGCCAACUGGUAUUGAUUUUCGUUUUUUUGUCCAUCUCAGUUUGAAUCUAAAAGUAAAAGGAAGAAAUAGGACAGUAAAGGACUAUCACUCUGUAAUCUGGUGAUGAAUUAUGUGUGCCCCCUUGAAGCUAAAAUAUGGGCAGAUUGCCAUCAGAUUGCUAUAACUGUACCCCUUUCUUCUGCAAGCCUGCUACAUAUCUCCUGUGGACUGUCUCCAAAUCG